UCAAAGUCAAACACAAAAAAUUACUCCCAAGGCCCAUAAAAAGCCCACCUCGUACACCUUACUUCUAACGCCUCUCUCUCUCUCUCUCUCUCUCUCUCUCUCUCCUCCACAGUUCAUCAGAACCAGAGAGAGAAACGGAAAUCACAAAAUCCCACUUCCAAACCUCGAUCUAGGGUUAGGGUGUCUUUCGCGAUGGGAAAAGGAGGAGCCCUAAGCGAAGGCGUAGUCAGGAAGAUCGUCGUGUCCUACACGUACGUGGCCAUAUGGAUCUUCCUCAGCUUCACCGUGAUCGUGUUCAACAAGUACAUCCUCGACCGCAAGAUGUUCAACUGGCCCUUCCCGAUCUCCCUCACCAUGAUCCACAUGGCCUUCUGCUCCUCCAUCGCCUACCUCCUCGUCCGCGUCUUCCGGGUCGUCGAGCCCGUCUCCAUGUCCCGCGAUCUGUACCUCAAGUCCGUCGUCCCGAUCGGCGCCCUGUACUCGCUCAGCCUCUGGUUCUCUAACUCCGCUUAUAUCUAUCUCUCGGUGUCGUUUAUUCAGAUGCUCAAGGCCCUCAUGCCCGUCGCCGUUUACUCAAUUGGGGUAUUGUUGAAGAAAGAAAAUUUUAAGUCUGAUACGAUGGCCAACAUGGUGUCAAUCUCGAUUGGGGUGGCCAUCGCUGCCUACGGUGAGGCGAAGUUUGACACCUGGGGUGUAGUCCUCCAACUGGGUGCAGUUGCUUUUGAGGCCACUCGAUUGGUGAUGAUCCAGAUACUCUUGACUUCGAAGGGUAUCACAUUGAACCCUAUUACAUCUCUUUAUUACGUUGCGCCCUGUUGCCUGGUUUUCUUGUCUGUGCCAUGGAUUUUUGUGGAGUACCCAUUGCUGAGGGAGACAUCUAGCUUUCACUUUGAUUUCUGGAUUUUCGGGACCAAUUCGCUCUGUGCGUUUGCUUUGAAUCUAGCAGUAUUUUUGCUUGUUGGGAAGACGUCAGCAUUGACUAUGAAUGUGGCUGGGGUGGUGAAGGAUUGGUUGUUGAUUGCAUUUUCGUGGUCAGUGAUUAAGGACAUUGUGACGCCAGUGAAUUUGUUGGGGUACGGGGUAGCAUUCUUGGGUGUUGCAUAUUAUAACCAUGCAAAAUUGCAGGCUCUUAAGGCGAAGGAGGCACAGAAGAAGGCUGGACAGCCCGAUGAAGAGGCCGGAAGGUUGUUGGAUAAUGAGAAAGAAGGGGCAGGUAAUGAGAGGAAAAACGAGUCAGAGACUUGAUUUCACGGCAAUCACUUCUAAUUUGAUUGAUUGCUACAAUUUGGAAAUUGAAGAUGAGAUGAAGUGUUUCAAAGAUGGGAGAUGAGAAUCCAGUCUUUGGAUUAAACUGCCAAUAGGGUUUCUUAGCUUCUUUUUUUUCCCCUUGGAAUGUGGUCUUAGUAUUUCAGAUAUUAUAUCCAUUUUUGUUCUUAUUUUCACAUCUUUAUCUUCAUAAUUGUCACUCCAUGUUAUGUGGGGGUGGAGUCCAAUGUCUAGGACCUAUUGUUCCAAAUUCAUGCAAGAGACCUUUGUCUUCUCUCGUAAGAUGUGGCUACAGAUGCUUAUCUAGUUGUCGUUCAGGACAGUUACAGUUUUAUUAUUCAAAGUGUCUUCCCUCCA